GUUGGUGUAUGUGGAGUGAGCAAGUUAUAGUGGAAGAAGAGGGGGAGUAAAUGGCCCUUUGAAAGAAAAUGGUUGGUAGCCGGAACCACAGCCGGCUCCCCGGGGUCAUCUGAGUGUACACCUGUCGUACACCUGCACACGUGACCCGGCACCCCGAGGUCACCUGUGGUGUGACCUGUCCUGCACCCACCGGUCCUCGAGUCAUCAUCUGUCGUGCACCUGGCUGCAGGUGCCACCCCAGCUCUCACACAGGAGUUUCAGGAUGACGAGAAGUUGGAUGUGCAGGCGGGCGUUAUAGUGGGAGAAGGGGCGGAGCAGCGAGGUGGUGGUGAUGGUCAUGGAGGGCUACAGCGUUGUAUCAGAGGCAGUGGUGCAGCGGGUGUUCUGGGUUGACUGGUUCCACCACACCCCACACAUCAAUCUCACACUCCACCCCGUCAAUGACACCUUCAGUCCCCUCUCUCCUAUCUACCAAGAGAGUCUAGGUAUUAUUGGGUCAGUACCAGCUGGAGUGCUCAUAUUAACUUUGUUGGUGCUGCUGCUGUACUUGUUGACAAGAUGUUGCGACAACAAACCCCGCAAACCAGGCUCCAUAACUUGCCUCAAGGUCAUGCUCGUCCUCUUCGCUGUAUUUACGUUGGGUGCAUUAGGGGUGAGCGUGUGGGGUAACGAAGAAGUUCAUGAAGGUGUAACUCGGUCUGUCCUCUCCCUCAACAACAUCAACAGUAUGGUGCACUCACUCAGCAACCAGACAAAACUAUUUGACGAAACGAUCCGAAGGAAUUUACAGCCACAAUUAAACCUCUUCAAAGAAACCAUCCAGAGAGAGAGCAUAAAGAAUGCAACAGUUGAAAUGUUUAUUAUCGAGAGUCUUCACUAUAUGCAAGGCAACAUAUCUGAAGUUCUUCUCAUCAAUGUUGAGGAUAUAAAUGCCAUGAUGUCUGGAGCAGAGAUGGGAGGUAUGGUACGCCUGCUUGGAGUAGGAGAACUUGCGAGGUGGGUGGCAACACUAGGAAUAACAGGAAUUCUCAUGAUGAUUGUAUUAGUCGUCAUGAUUGGAGUAGCUCGCCACUCCCGAUGUACUCUAAUCACAUUUUCUGUUCUGGGACUUCUUGCUAUGAUCCUGUGUUGGGGUUUGACUUCAGUCUACUUAGUGGCAUCUGUUGCUUUGUCAGACUGGUGUAUGGAUCCUAACCCUUUCUUGGAGGACCAACUCAGCAAACUGGUGUCCAGAGAUGUUGCUGCUUACUACCUACGAUGUGAUCCAACACGACCAUCACCAUUCACACGCUAUCUAACUCAUGCCCAGCAGGCAGCAAAUCUUGUCCUGGCAUCCCUCAAUAAAGUCACUCGUAUUGCUGAUAUUUACUACGAACGAAAAGAGAUCCAUCCUCGCUUGGAUCAUUUAGGCGCAUUUGUUAACCAAUCACAGCGUAGUCUGGGAGGUGUUGCAGCACUGUUGGAGUGUCAGUCAUUGCACCACCACUACCGCACAGCUCUCACUGCCACAUGCCAGCAAGCUAUGUCGGGGUGUAUUACCCCCUCCUGCCCAGCUGCUGGAAGUGGUUUGCUCUUCACUAUCUUGGUCUGGAACUUCUCACCCCGGGACUACCUCAACCACAAAAAGGGUCAUCUAGGUCCAGUUCCCACAGCCAACGGGAAGAAAAGCCUCAGAUUUUGGGUCAACACUCCACCAUCCCAUCCCGCAGCUAUCAGAGCUGAACCCGGAACAUCGGAAGAGCGAGACCCGUUCUUACCAGGCCGAGGGUCAAGAGGAGGAACACUGACCUCUCUUGGAGCGCCAGGUUACUCCAGACCACGCCACUCACACACACCACCUCAGACACCACCUUUUCCCGGAACUUUAAAUGGUCGUGUGUAUCACAGCGAUGGAAUGGGUAGCAUGGGAGGAGGAAGUGGGUCGGCCCCAACAACAGUAAGUACAAUGGGCCGCGGUGACAACCACCACAACCAUCACCACCACACUCACAGUCACAGUCACUCUCUGGGCCCCAACCAUGGCCAGUAUGCCACUCUGUCCAAGCAGUGCAAGACUCUCGAAUCAUCUGACUUCUACUAACCGCAUGGUUCUCUUCAUGGUGUUGCUGGAUUCUUAAUUGUGCCCAUUAUUAGAACUCUAGAAAAGUUUCAAAAUCCUUAUUAAAUUAUUGGAAUCUUUGGGGAAGCAUGUGGAAAAGUGUUCACCAGACAUUAAGGGGAUUAUUUUUCCAGUCUUUAAAGGUAGAAUUAUUGUGGUCAUAAUAUAAUAUGCCAAAGGAUAUGAAAUGCUUUAAUCUAUUAAGGGAACAGAGUCUUCAGUCUAUCUGUAUUUGAGUAAAAACUGGUGUAUUUAAGAAUUUUUGUAGAUAAAGAUGGCUGGAGUACAUUUCCUUUUUUGUUAUGUUUCAUUUUUGAUGCAGUUGGCCAUUUUUGUACAAUUCUUUGAAUGUUAACUAACUGCACUUUAUCUAUGAGAGGCUUCUUUAUGUUAAUGUGUAGAGUAAUAUUACCUAUAAAUGUGCAUGCUUCCUUUGGAGGGUUGGAAUCUUGAAUACUUUCACUCUAUUGCUAUAAAUGUUCAAACUUGUUUUAUUUACUUAUUUAUAUAUACGUGUGUGUGUAUAUAUAUAUAUAUAUAUAUAAUUGUACCCACAAAACAAGUGGUAUUGAUCAAUAACAACACUGCACUAGCCAAGGAGUCGAACCCAUGCUGUUUUGGUUUGCCUCAUGGUGAGAGAAAACGCACAACGCUAGUGGUCUAAAGAG